AUGAAAGAGAGAGAUAACAUUGCAAUACAUUACGCAUUGGAGUCUGGAGUCCAUCAUACAACUAACAUAUUGUUAGCCACGGCACUUGUCAGAGUGACCGCCGAGAACGGACGUAAACUACAACUACGAGCAUUGAUCGAUCUAGGGUCUGAAGGAUCAUCCAUCACAGAAAAGGCUGCACAAGCUCUUGGUCUCAAGAAACACACAAUCAAUGGCACAAUCAGCGGUUUAGGAAACAGCACUGUGUUGCAUGCUAAGCAUAUGUUAACAUUGAAUCUACAAUCAGAAUAUGAUAAAACAUUUAACCUCCCAGUACAAGCAUAUGUGCUAAAGACCUUGACUCGUCUUCUACCGACAAAUCAAGUUGACAAGAAAUGGGAACACAUACAAGACUUGCAACUAGCCGAACCCCACUACGGCACACCAUCUACAAUAAAUCUUCUUCUAGGAGCUGAAGUCUACAGUAACAUUAUGUUGGAGGGUCAAGACGACAACAAUAUUUUACAAAAAUUCUGGGAACUUGAAUCUGGAGACACAAAUAAAAACAAAUUACAGAAGAAGAAUAACAAUAUGAGACAUAUUUUGAAGAAACAUAUACAAGAGACAACGAAGGAAGAUACAUAG